AUGAUUACUUCUCACCAGAUUAAGCUGUUUAGCCUUCUGGAAAGAAGAAUGAAAUCUCACAGGAUGGGUGACUUAUAUCUUAAUGUUUACCCCUCCUGGUGCUUCACUUCUAAUAUCAGCUGUCAUAAAAAUGGUAGAAUAUUUGUAGCUUGGGAUCCUGAUUCCUUCACUGUUGAUAUCAUCCAUAUGGACCCUCAAAUGAUUCAUUGUAAUGUCACUGCUAGAUGUUCAGGUAAGGUGUUCUUCUGCACCUUUGUCUAUGGCAUGAAUGAUAGGAAAGGGAGAGAGCCCUUAUGGGACCAAUUACAACAGCUUGCAUUACUUUGUAGAGGUGCUUGGGUUGUCAUGGGUGGUUUUAAUGCCCUGCUAGCUUUGGGUGACAGAUUAGGCUCCACUUUUAGAGAAACUGAGAUUCAACCUAUGAGAGCUUGUAUGAAUGUAUGCAGACUCACAGAAGUUAAAACCAUGGGGAGAUUCUUUACUUGGAAUAAUAAACAAGAUGGAGAGGACAGGGUGUUUUCUAGGAUUGAUAGGGUAUUAGCAAAUGCUGAAUGGGAUGCACUAUUGGAAAAUGUUGAGGCUACCUUUCUUCCUGAAGGGGAGUUUGACCACUGUCCCAUGGUACUUUCUUGCUACACUGCCAGAGCACAGAGGAAACCAUUUAGAUUCUAUAACAUGUGGAUCACUGCACCAGGGUACCAUGAUCUCAUUAGCAAAAAUUGGGACAGAUAUGUAUAUGGGUGUCCCAUGUACAGAGUUCUACAGAAGAUGAAAUGGAUAAAAGCCGACUUGAGAGCUUUGAAUAAAGAAUCUUUUAGCAGUGUAGAAGCUGAUAAGCAUAGUUGUUAUAGUGCCUUCUUGGAGGCUCAAAAACAGAUGCAUGCUGAUCCUUGCAAUAGUUCUCUUGCAUCUGCUGAGAGAGCUGCUGGCCAAUCUUACAAGUUGGCUAAUGAGAGAUUUAUCUCUUUUCUCCAACAGACUGCCAAAGUUCACUGGUUGCAAAAUGGGGAUGAAAAUACUAGGGCUUUCCACCAGAGCAUCAAACACAAAAGGAAGAAAAAUAGGAUCCACUCUAUUCAAAACCAGCAAGGUGUGUGGGUCAAAACAGAUGAGGGGGUGCAAGAUGCCUUUGUCCAGUUUUACAAGUCUCUUUUUUGCACUCGGCUGGAGAAUAGGACCCAUGUACAAACUGUAAUAAUGGAUAAAGGGGCAAGACUUACUGAGAACCAUAAGAGGAAAAUUUUGAAAGAAAUUAAUGUGGCUUCCAUCACUCUUGUGCCUAAAGUCAGUGUUCCUGCAACUGUUGGGGACUUCAGGCCCAUUGCUUGUUGCUCAGUUAUUUACAAAUGCAUUUCUAAGCUCUUGUGUAGGAAACUCAAUGAUGUGCUUCCUGACAUUAUCUCCCCUAAUCAGGGUGCUUUUGUGCCUGGUAGAUCUAUUCUGCAUAUUGUGCUUGUCUGUCAGGAUUUGGUUAAGAUGUACAGAAGCAGCCAAAAAGCUAAGUGCAGUUUGCUGAAGCUUGGCCUGAGGAAAGCCUAUGAUAUAGUGGAAUGGGAGUUUAUAAGAGAGGUCAUGACUGAUCUUGGGUUCCCUACUCACUUCAUCAGUCUCAUUAUGACCUGUCUUACCACAACUCAGUACUCCAUCUUAAUCAAUGGUGCUCCUACUUCACUUAUUCAGCCAAAGAGAGGGCUAAGACAAGGGGAUCCCCUUUCCCCCCUUCUUUUCACCCUGUGUAUGGAGUAUUUCUCUAGAGCCAUGAUUACAGUGAGUGAGCAUCCCCAUUUUAGCUUUCACCCAAGGUGUAGGAGAUUGUCUCUCAAUCACCUUUGCUUUGCUGAUGAUCUACUGAUGUUCUGUAAAGGAGACCCUGCUGUUGUUAAGCUCAUGAUGGAUGGCUUCAAAGUGUUCUCUGCUACUACUGGUCUAACUGUGAAUGCCUUCAAGUCCUCUAUUUAUUGUUGUGGGCUUAGUAGUUCUGAAAAGGAAGCUAUUGCUGGCAACACUGGCUUCCAGUUUGGUACUCUCCCCUUCAGAUAUCUAGGGGUUCCCAUUAGUGCUUGUAAACUAAAGCAAGCUGAUUGUGAAGGGUUGGUGGAAAAGAUGGUGGCCAGAAUCAAAGUCUGGAGUUCCAGAAAUAUCUCAUUUGCUGGCAGAACCCAACUGGUGAAUUCAGUUCUUAUGAGCAUUUGUGUUUAUUGGGCACAAAUCUUCAUCUUUCCAAAAGCUGUACUCAAGAAGAUCAAUGCUAUUUGUAGAUCCUAUCUGUGGCAUGGUAAUUUUGAUGACUGUAGGCCAGGUGCAGUAGCAUGGGAUCAGUUGUGUUGGCCAAAGAAGCAAGGAGGUUUGGGCUUUAAAAAUCUCUUGUUAUGGAACCAAGCUGUUGUGGGCAAGUUGGCCUGGGCCAUUGCUCAUAAAAAGGACAACUUAUGGGUCAAAUGGAUUCACUCCCUUUAUAUUAAAGAUAAACCAUGGGUUCAGUUCACUCCCUCUGCUUCUGCUAGUUGGGUGGUGAAAUGCAUCUGUCAAGUUAAGGAUUUCUUCUCUCAGGGUGUCUCUCCCCAGUGGCUUACUUCUACCAAAUACUCUAUUAAGGAGAUGUACCAACUCCAUCUUACCCAGAGGGACAAUGUUCAAUGGCACAGGUAUGUUUGGAACAGACUUUCUAUUCCUAAACAUAGAUUCAUCCUGUGGCUAGCUACUCAAGAUAAGUUAAAAACCAGAACAAGAUUACAUAAGUUUGGAGUGGUUGAUGAUUGCCUAUGUCCAAUUUGUGGUUCUAGUCCAGAAACUGUGGAACACCUCUUCUUUAAAUGUGUACUUAGCCACAAUGGUGGCAAUGAAGUCAUGAAAGGGCUUGGUUUUUCCCACUGCAGGGAUGGGAUUGGUCCCCUCUUCAAAUGGCUGCAGAGAUCUGCAGGUACUGAGUUUAGAAGAGCUGUUGCUUACACUACUACUGCUGUAUUAGUGUAUCAUGUUUGGAAAGCUAGAAAGGCUGAGAUUUGGAAGUCUCAGGUGCCUACUGUGCAAAGCCUUGUCAAAGCUGGUCAAUCAGAUGUAAAGUGUAGGGUUCAGAAACUAAUUGGUAGGAAAGUUCAUAGGAGAGAUGUGGACUGGUUCCAGAAGUUGUAA